CGGCGCAGCCCACGGUUUCGGUCGGGACACACACAGAAAGCGAACCCGCGGCGCGGCGGCCACGCGGCGACCAAGACAGACAACGAGCACGGGCGUCCCUGUCGAGCCACCCACCUUCCCCAUCCUGCGCGGGAGAUCUCUCUCUCUCUCUCUCUCUCUCUCAGUCCCUUCUCCUCCUCCGCCGCCGCAGUCCCAUUCCGCGCGCCCCAUUCAUGGCGCCGUCGCGCCCGCUCAUGCGCGGGAUCCGCCCGCCGCGGGUAUUCUCCACGCGCCCCGGCGGCGGCGGCCGCGUCUCGCCGUACGCCGUCGCGCUCGGGGCCCUGCUCAUCGCCUCCGCCUUCCUCCUGGCGCUCAUCGCCUUCGGCGUCUUCUCGCUCCCCGUCUCCGCCCCCAACCUCGCCACCACCGCCGGCGGGGGAGAGACCGAGUCCGGCAGCACCGAGGAAUCCGGCGGCAGUGAGUCCCACUCCGCGCGCUCCCGCGCCCGCCGCGAUCUCAGCGAGGGGCUGGGCGAGCGUGGCGCACAGUGGACGGAGGUCAUCUCAUGGGAGCCCAGGGCGUUCGUCUAUCACAACUUCCUGUCCAAGGAAGAGUGUGAAUACUUGAUUGGAUUGGCCAAGCCUCGCAUGGAGAAAUCAACAGUUGUUGAUAGCACUACUGGUAAAAGCAAGGACAGCAGGGUUCGCACAAGUUCAGGCAUGUUUCUUCGAAGAGGACGUGACAAGGUUAUUCGGGCCAUCGAAAGGAGGAUAGCAGACUACACCUUUAUACCUGCAGAACAUGGAGAGGGACUCCAAGUCCUGCACUAUGAAGUAGGGCAGAAGUAUGAACCCCACUUUGACUAUUUUCUUGACGAGUUCAACACCAAGAAUGGUGGUCAGAGGAUGGCCACUAUUCUUAUGUAUCUAUCAGAUGUUGAAGAAGGGGGUGAGACUAUUUUCCCCGAUGCAAAUGUGAAUAGCAGUUCUUUACCAUGGCACAAUGAACUUUCAGAGUGUGCCAGAAAAGGUCUCGCUGUCAAACCAAAGAUGGGAGAUGCACUUCUUUUCUGGAGCAUGAACCCAGAUGCCACUCUAGACCCAUUAAGUUUGCAUGGGGGCUGUCCUGUUAUUAGAGGGAAUAAAUGGUCCUCGACCAAGUGGAUGCAUGUUGGCGAGUACAAAACAUGAGCUAUCUGAAGUGUUUCCAAAGGUGACACGAUUUGACCAUGUGACUGGGGCUCUUUCCAGGAUGGUGCCCGUGUACCUGCAUAUUAGGCUUUACAGAUCAUCGACCCACCAUUGUGACCAUUUCCCCUCGAGGAUAUCUCUAAUCAAUACAGCCAAUAAGCAGGGGGGGCAUAUUCUUGGAGACUGACUUGCCUUUUUUUUUCUCCUCCUUUUCUCUCUUGUUGCAGACUUGCAGUAUACCCCCCAACUGUUAUAGAGGAAGGAUGAUGACGGUGUAGUGUUGAGGGGGCAAUAUAGGAUUUGGAGUUCCAUCUUUUCUUCUUUUUCUCUUGGGUACCUUAUUCAGUCAUUCUUGUCCUACCUGUAGCAUUAGUGCACCAUACUGUACUGUUGAGGUUGAGAUAUACUACUGAAUAAUGAUAAGGAGGAUUAGAGUUUGUCCUCCUGCAUGUAUGUCAUAUCAGAUUCUGUUAAAUACUUACUGAAUUGGCCCGACCCAUAAAUUUGGCAACUUCCA